AAGCAAUCUCACCGAUUCGAUUUCAUUGCAAUGGAAUCUACUUCUUUCAUAAACCCUAGUUGAAUUUGAGAAGAAAAUUGGAGAGAUUUAGACAAAAAUGGUGGGUACAAAUUUGAAAGCAGAGACUAUAAAGCUUAUGGAUCAAAGAGCAAAUACAGAAGCUGAAAUGGAGAUUAUUAUUCAGCGCCUUUGCCAACCUGGUGGCCCUGGACUCUCAGGCAACCUUGUUGAUUCUGAGGGGUUCCCAAGAACUGAUAUUGAUAUUCCAACUGUACGGGCUGACCGGCGUAGGCUUGCAGAGCUACGUAAUGAUCACAAGAUUAUGACAGAAAAAAUAGACCAAAAUAUUCAAGUUCUGCAUUCAGCACGGCUUGCUUCUACACCUUCUUCUGUCAAAGACUCAGGUGUUCAUGUAUCUGCCGUCAAUAUUACUUCCUCAUCAUCUCCAGAUAAUUAUAUUGCGACAGCUGCUCCGAGUUCUAUGGAUGUGGAUGUAGUUGUCAGCAGACCCUUUGCGGUGAUUGAUGAAAUAACUGAGGCAUCUCCAGCAGCCGAAGACGGGUUACAACUUGGAGACCAGGUUAUGAAAUUUGGGAAUGUUGAGUCAGGUGAGAACCUGUUACAGCGACUUGCUGCCGAAGCACAGACAAACCAGGGGUGUGCAGUGUCCAUGAAAGUUAUGAGGCAAGGUGCUAUCGUUAACUUACAAGUGAUGCCAAGAAUGUGGCAAGGUCGUGGCCUGCUAGGAUGCCAUUUCCGGAUCUUAUAUUGAGUUUGUCGACUGGAGGACUGCACCAAAUGAUAUGUCACAAAGAGUUGAUAUGAAGAAGAAUUCAUCGACGUCUUUUUAAACAUCGUGUGUUUUCUGUUUGGUGUAUGAACGCAAAAUGAUGUAGCGUGGAUCAUUGCUUUCAAACAGCUAUUUACACUCAAUUGCAUCAUAUAAUUAUUUUUCUUGUUUAAUACAAAUGCUUGUUAACCUUGGGUGCCCAGGGUCAUGUAUUUUCCUGGAUUUGUAUCAGGAGUUUCUUUAUCA